AUGUCUGUGGCUCGAUUUCGUCUAAACAGCUAUCAGUUGUUUUGGCUGAGUUCAGUCCUUACCUCAUUCUACUUUGGCUAUUCGGACAGAUUCUGCUCUAAAACACUCGAACAACUUGAACUCGACUCUCAGCCCUUUCUACCUAAAGCGACAACAUCACCAAUAACUUUAUUCGCCCCUACACUUGAGAGGCAAAACGACAUUUUGGAAAAGUUAUUUGAAGAAUCGGAGGAGUUUUCGUUUGGCUCAGAUGGAUUCCGAGUUGCUUCCGAGUACUUCUUCAAAAAGGCGUCUGAUUGGUACAGAUCGCCAAAAGAAGCGCCUAGAUUAGAUCAAGCUGGUUGUGGAAUGGAAAUGAUGAGGGACGUUAUUAGAGGAUCCCUGUUUGGAUCAGUUCCGAUCAAAAGCGCACAGCAAGCGUAUGGCGGAGAACUGUACAUCAUGCCACUGCUUCGAGAGCAGUUCAGAAGCUACACCAGAGCGAAGAACGACGUAGACUCUCCUAGCGCCGUGAAAAUUGGAACGACUGGGAAACGCUCGACAAAGCAAGCGCUUGAAAAGACAGUCGAGAAAGAGCUUCUCGAAGUCGCGGAGAAAGCUUUUAACAUGACGCCAACGGCACAGAUAGGACUUAUCGUUCAAAACCCGCGACAGUGGGCACUCGAAGUCGUCAACGAACGCCAUACACUGCCUACCUCGGACCACUACAUGGAUGCAAUCAGUGAAUAUGUUCUUAUGCUCGAGAACCUGAUUCCGCAGUGCACCGAAAUCGCGAAAACCUACUCGGGCAAGUGUACGCUUCUGCGCUUGGAAGACAUCAUCUCCCGCCCGGCAGAAGUGUUCAAUCUGCCAUCACUGAGCCCGGUUGACUUCGAACUGAAAAAUCGCUUCGAAAUUCCUAUUGUUGAAAACGAAGUAGAUAGCAAACUUUCGCGCAUCAAAAAGCAACUUUCGAGUUUGGGCUACGCCGGCUGGGAAACAAAAGACCGACUCCAUUCCCUCAACCUCGUCAAAUAG